AUGGCAGAAAUAACUCCACGGAAAAAAGUAACCAAGAAUAUUAUAUAUGCUUGUCGUUGUUGCAAUGUAGAUACAAACACACACGAGAUUCGUUUUAACUUGUUUGGACAGAAGUCUUUAAAUGAAGGCUUAGUCGAUGCUAUAAAGCAACUUUCUGGUAUUGCGGUGUCUGGAGACGACGAAUUAUCACAUUAUAUUUGCCGAACCUGUGCUCGGAAUAUUCCAAUCCUUAAUAAAAAGGUCACCGAGUUUAAGAAAAAAUGCGCGGAAACUGCUAAGGCUCAAAGAGAACAGUUUUGUUCAAUACGCGAAAAGCGCGGACGAAAGGACGAUUUGGCAGAAACUGAAAAAUCACCUCUACCUCAGCAGGCAAGGAAAAGAACAUUUGUGGAAAAGCGUGUUGCGCAUACCAGUUUAGAAGAACGUUUUAGUAGAAUCGCCCCUAAACCAGGGCCAUUGUCGUUACCGGCCCCUUUACCAACGUUCACAACCAUCUACGAUCUACUUGGUGAAGAUCAAGUUCCACAUGCAAACGCGCAACCUAAGCAACACCACUCUACGCUGCCACAACAACUACCUCUGGCCGAAGGGCUCGCAAUUAUUUCCGAAAGUGGUCUAUUAGGAAUUAAGGUAUGCUUCAAAUUUUCCAUGCCAUGAUAACCUUGGCCGCCGUAUAUGAUAUAUGCUUUUACGGAGUAUAGGAUAUAUAAAGCUUAAGUAACAUAUAUAAAAUUAAUAGUUCUAAUCCAGACUGUAGCAAGUUAUAACUACCAGUAAAUUAUAUUUGUCUAUAACAGGAUAAGGGAACGGUGACAUUAUCUUCAUCCCAGAAACAAAAACUACUGGACGAGAUUAUCAAGGGCUCUCCGACCUAUUUGGCAAAGGCAGUUGUGGCCGUAGCUCCAGUAAAGAAUUGCGUGUUCGAACUGUUUUUGAAAAGCAUUAACGAACAGUGCCAAAAGCUUUGCGUAAGGUCUAAAGGAAAUCCAUCCGUGCUACGUGUGACCCGAAAAGAUCACAAAAGCAUCAACACCUUUCAAUGGAUUGACAUUUUGAAAGAAAUGAAAGAAAGGGCGCCUAAUGUACUGGAUGUUUUGGCAACGAUUGCUGUUCCAAAGGUAAAAGAAAAUGGUUCUCAACUUCCUCCGUUAUGUAUGGCAAUGGGAAUUCUGAUGAAUACCAGAUUCAAGGAAUUGUCCUUGGUACAAAAACUGACGUCAGUUACCCUUGGUGUAGGGGGAGCAACUGAGAAGGUAAGACGUUAUUGAGUUUCUCACUCAUUGGUGAGGGGAUUUCCCAACAGGCUGUUGCCCAGUUGAUAAUGGAUCCGAUGUUGGUAGGAAAAAUAAGGAAGUCUAAUAUCUCAGAAGUAAUUAUGUAGAUAAAAUUUGGCACAAUUAUGGUAUCCAUAAGAGCACAUAAGGUGCAUGGCUCUAUACAAUUUCUUGAAAAUUGUAAAACACAUAUUUCAGACCCUAAAUCUUGUAGAUUGAUUAUUCGUUUGAAAGAUGAAACUAACAGACUUGUAUACAGCAAGAUUUGGGGAAUCUGAGGCCCUUACAAAAAAGUGCGUUACUGGCGUUGCUAUGGCAACAAUUUAAGUUUUCUUUUAAUAUUAGUAGUCAUUAAGACAAUUUAAAAAAAUUCUAUCGAUCCAAAAAAAUAUAUUAAGAAUAAUCAUAUCUUCUUCGUUUGAAAAAGGUUGGAUCGACAUAAUUUUUUUUUAAAUUGUCCUAAUGACUACAAAUAGAAAUUGGGGAUUACCAAAGUUUUUUGUUACAAAAAAAGUCAGGAGUAAUAAACAUUUUGUUACAAAAUAUAUCGUAUCUAAAGCUCCUCAUUUAUAACCACUCAGCUAUAUAAGGUACAAAUAACGUAAUUGCAAACAACUAUAUUUACCUAAUUUUGUAAUGUCCAAAAAAUAUGUUAUUUGAAUGAAUGUUUUAUAUCUCGCAAAAUUCAAUGAUGCAUUUUAGUGUUUAUAUUCUGGUCUAUGACAACUUUGAUUUGUUGUAAUCGAACGUUUAUAAACGCAUACUGCAUGGCCAUGGGACUACUUUAUUAGUUGAGGGAAUCUUUUACAUUAUAGUACGUAAUUGUAUUUUGAUACCAUAGACAUUCCAAAGGUUGAAAAAGCUGGGAAUAUGCCAAACCAGACCAAGUUAUCGCAAUCUCAUUGAUGACCUGGGUGGUAACUUGAAGCAAGAUAUACGAGACCUUUUGAAAACCGAAGGAAGACCUCGGAUCGUGUUUGAUAAUUUCGAUUUUAAGAUCCUCGCCAACAUUAUCCUCCCUAACCACCGUAACUCGGACAUGCACUGGAUAGCACAUUUCCUAACCUUCGAUCGAAUACCCUCCGACCAUCUUGAUGACACCAAACCCUUAGUCUCCGAUAUGAAAUUGUUUGAAAAUAAAGAAUAUCUGUUAGAUGACGAAGAGCUCAAUAAGAUGAGGGCAGACUUUUCUAUUUUGGUUUUGAGAGUCCUCGUGCAAUUCUUUCCCUGUUUGAAAGAUGUGAAGGACGAAGUCAUUCAACAUAUUCCACACAGGUAAAUUAAAUCUCGUUUCUCUUCUUAUUUGCCUUGUACAUAAUACACAAAAAACUAACAUACAGGCUGUUAAAUUUAGUGUCUCUUCCAUAUAAACAGAAAAAAUUCCCUUAAUUAAACGUUUUCAGUUUAACAUAAAAUGUCUGUUAGAUUUUUAACUAGUUUUAUUGAAUUUUUUAAUAUCGAAAUGGGUACAAUACAAAUAAUGGAUGUUUGUGAAUUCAAUGGUAAGAAUAUUUCAUGAGGCGAAGGUUGGAGCAUUCCAUAAAAAUUUAAACUAAUGUUAUUCCGAAAAAAUUGUGCAUUUUGACAACACAUUUAUAUUAAAAACGGUAUAUUUCGAUUGAUCUUUCGAUUCAUCACCGUGUAUUUUAAAGAUAUGACGUAUAACUAUAAAAGAACAUGUGCUUCAUUGCAUGGUCAGUGAUUCAUUAUCACGUGCAUAAAAAUGUCAUAAAAUAGAAAGUAAAUUUCAAUGGACCUUUCCGGUAAUUCAACUUAGGACCACCUUAAAUGGAAUGGAUUUUAAGUUUGUUUCUCACAGGAUAUGGCCAUGCAGAGGAGCAGAACAUUCUUCUUCAAUACGUGCAUCAAAAAUAAUUUUUGAUUUUGGUCAAUAGAUGUGGAAAUAAGCUAAAACACGAAAACGAGGUUGAGGGGCCAACAGGGGUCAUUUUAAGUUUUUUUUUCUCCAUAUUUAAUAGUCAGAGUCCAAAAUUCGUUUUUUUGCACGUCUUGACCAAGGAUGUUCUGCUUCUCUGACCACAGCCCGUGAGAAACAAACUUGUAAUCUAUUCCAUUUAAGGUGGUCCUAAGUUGAAAAGAGUGCAAUUGUGACGUAAUUACCGGAAAGGUUUAUUAAAUGUCACAAUAUAAUUAAACAAUUUAAGGUUAUUUUCUGUACAUUUUUAGAUUCGCAGAGGAAAUGUCAAAAAAGUCAGUGGUAGUGGGACUUCCUAUAGUUCCAUACAACCAGAACAAGCAAUCUGAUGUCUGCAAGUAUCUAGAAUACGUGCAGGACUUUUGCACUGAUAUUUUUAAACCCGAAGAGGAGAGUCAUUCAGAAUCCCAUCAAGAAGAUCCGUUGGUCAAACUUCAUAACAAAGAAAGAACACUUAAAGGAAUCAGUGUGCCUUUGGGUGGCGAUUUGCUUGGUCGAGAGAGAGUGUCUGGCGCGAAGAGGGCAAGACUGGGUUGCGAUCAUCGGAUUGAAAGAUUUGAGUACAUCGUUGAGAAUGUUGCACAAUGGCAUACCAAACAGUCAUUCCUUGGGGUAUGUUAUAGAGCUGUUUACACUUGCAAUUUUUGUUGCGAUUUCUAGUGCGAUAUUCCUCUUAUGAUGGAUGUGAACGAGUAAAUAAGUUAUGAAUGUUCUGAAUAUAUGUACUCUCAUCUACACAUUCCUAACUUUAUCUACUCGUUCACAUACAUCAUGCAGGAGACGAAAAUCGCAUCUAAAAUCGCAGCAAAAACUGCAAGUGUAAAUGGGCCUUAAAAUUUUAAACUUGUCGUAUUUGAUAAUUUUUGUAAAAGGUUAACAUGAUAGCGAGAUAUAAGUCACUUUGUCUGAAAUAUACAGCAUGAGCAUGCAGCGGUAUGAUGUCUGUGAGAACGAGAAAGAAAUUCCGCUCAUGAAGGAGGAAGUUUAUGCAAACCAAGGGAAACUUUUAUGCAAGCACAACAACGUACUUUUGAUUUAUUUUGAAUUAUCUGCAUGCACGCUAAUUUAUGAAGGUUCCGCAUAUCAAUUUGUAUGCGUAAAGCCCCGAGUGCAUGAACGACUACGCACAAUAAUAUAGCUAUCCCCACCUAGAGUAAAUCAAGUUCGCUGGUAAGUUCUCAAUGGUUUAAAAGGCAUUAUUCGUUGCCAUAAUUGCAUGUAUUAUAAAAUGCAUCUUUUCGUUUACAGUAUGUAUGGGAACAAUUAUUCCGCGCCGAUGCGGUUUCAGGAAGAGAACAAGGCACAUUAUAUAAUUUGCGACAACAAUUCCGUCUCACCAACGUCUAUACAAAGGUAAAAAAGAAUUACAAGAGUGCGGAACACCUUAUGUUGUCGGCGACGAAAGCAUAUCUGUGCGAAGCUUUUAUGACAUGGGCGGGGUUGGAUAAGCUCGAUGGAACACCCACAAAAAUAAGCGUGCCUUCAAGCGAUAGCUCGGACGAGGAAAAGAAAUCCUUCCUUACUGCCACGAUUGGUGAAUUCGUAGAUCUGUACGUUCUAACCGAGUUUGAUGUCGAGAAGAGACAAAGAGAAGAGGUGGAAAAAAGAAAGAAGGAACUAGGAAAAGAGACCACAUCCCUUCGACAACUGAAAAACGGCAAGUAUAUAUAG